AUGGCCGGGGAAGGAGACAAGAGGAAGCGCUUUAUUUCAGCCACGGCCGCAAACUGGGGUCCCGCGGGGGGCCGGCCUGCCCUGGCCGCGGGGCUCCACUCCCGCCCGGAGCUGGCCAGCUUCCUCGACGACGGCAACGAGUUCCUGCUCGUUGUGCAGCACUCGGGCAGCCAGCUCACCGCCUCCAACAAGAUUGAAGCUACUGAUUCAAAGAAUAACGUGUUGGUGUUCUUUAAGCUGCGACCUGAUGUAAUUACAGAAGAUAAUCUUCAUAGUAAUAUUCUUGUGUCAUCUAUGCUAGAUUCACCAAUUAACACCCUUUAUCAAGCUGUACGACAGGUUUUUGCACCAGUAUUACUGAAGGAUGAGAGAUGGAGUAAAGCAUUUGAUCCCAAACUCCAGAAACUUUUAAGUGAGCUUGAAGCUGGUUUGAGUACUGUUCUCAGAAGAUCAGAUCCUAACUACACAGGAACAAAAUUCAGUGAAGAUGAUGUGCGAGCUAUACUUACACCAACAGAUGAAUUUCAGUUCUGGAGAGAAUGUGCUCAUCAUGGAAGUAAAUGGUGUAGUAAAGAGAGAGCUUCUCAUUUUAAAGACCUGUUUGAGGACAUUGCAAAAGAUUAUUACAGCUUGGAUAGUCUCUCAUUAUUUGAAGUUGUGGAUUUGGUGGAGACUACCAAGGAUACUGUUGAUGGUGUGUGGAGACAAACAGAACAUGAUCCUUAUCCACAGCCACGCAUGCAUAAUCUCUUGGAUGUAAUAGGUGGCUCGCUAGGUAGAUAUGUUCAGAGAAAAUUAGCAGCUUUGAAUUUGUGGGAGGAUGCUUUUCACAAUGUUAAAGAAAAUCUAAAGGCUGGCAUCUUGAUUUGUGAGCAGUGGGUGUCAGCUUGUGAGUACCUAACGGGGCAACUGUGGCAACGUUAUACCCUGCAUCCAUGGAAAAAUGAGAAAUAUUUCCCUGAAUCGUUAGCCAAACUUGGCAAACGUCUUGAUGAGGUGCUAACUGUUAGAACACUGCAUGAAAAACUUACAUUCUUUUUGCCAGCUGGAGAACAAAAUGCUUUAUAUCUUGCCCAAGUGUUUGAACCUUUUGCUGGCCUAAAUCCUGUACACUAUAAUCCUUACACAGAGCCAUUAUGGAGAGCAGCAGUUUCUCAGUAUGAGAGAAUUAUUGCACCAGCGGAACAAAAAGUAGCAAGCAAAUUGAAGAAAUUUAUUUCAGAAAUUCAGGACAGUCCUCAGCAGCUUCUUCAGACAUUUCAGAAAUAUAAGGAACUGAUAAAACAUCCAAGUAUAAGCAAAGAAUUGCUUUUUGAAAGGGAGACAUUGCUAGCAAGACUUCAAGAUUACGUCAAAGACUAUCAGACAGACUUUGAAACUCGAUGCCAUGGUGUUCCUGGUGAUAUUUCUGGACCACUGUCAGGCAAAAACCUUUCUGAAGUUGUCAAUAAUAUUGUGUGGGUACGGCAGCUGGAGCUGAAGGUGGAUGAUGCUAUCAAGCUGGCAGAGGCUCUUCUGUCUGACUUACCUGGAUUUCAAACUUUUCAUCGAAGUGCAGAUUCUUUUCUGGAACAGUUAAAAGUAUAUGAACAAGAACAAUUUGAUGAUUGGUCUAGGAAUAUCCAGUCAGAAUUAUCAAAUCCCAAGUCAGGAGUUUGCAUUCAAGCUAAUAGUCCUGUAAUGGAGUUGGAUCACAAACUUGGAACAUUAAACAUACUUUAUUCAGAUCGUUUGGUGACCCUCCUAAGAGAAGUACGUCAGCUAUCAGCACUUGGUUUUGCUAUACCGGCUAAAAUACAGCAUGUGGCAAACACUGCGCAGAAGUUCUGUAAGCAGGCGGUCAUCCUCAAACAGGUGGCGCAUUUUUAUAAUUCUAUUGAUCAACAAAUGAUUGAGAGUCAGAAGCCAAUGAUGUUACAGUCUGCUCUAGCAUUUGAACAGAUAAUUAAGCAUUCAAAAUCUGGUCCUGGAGGAAAAGCUCAAAUAACAUGGGAUAAUCCUAGAGAAUUGGAAGCUUAUAUCCAAAAACUCCAAGCUGCUGCUGAACGGCUGUCCACCGAAAAUAGAAAACUAAGAAAGUGGCACACCAACUUCAUUGAAAAGGUUAUAUCACUCAUGAACAUUGAUCUACUUCGUCAGCAGCAGCGUUGGAAGGAUGGACUCCAGGAGCUUAGAACUGGUUUUGCCAGCCUCCAGUCACAGGGUUUCAAAUCAUGUGAUAUGAAAGCUUGGAGACAGCACUGGAAUCACCAACUUUACAAGGCUCUGGAGCAUCAGUAUCAAAUGGGCUUAGAAGCACUCAAUGAGAAUUUACCAGAAAUAAAUAUUGAUCUAACGUUCAAGCAAGGCCGGUUGCAAUUCAGACCUCCUUUUGAAGAAGUACGAGCUAGAUAUUAUAGAGAAAUGAAGAGAUUCAUUUCCAUUCCAAAUCAGUUUAGGGGAGUAAGUGAAGCAGAAGAAGAGUCCAUAUUCGCUGUUAUGACUGAAAGAAAUGCAAAUGGAUUUCUGACUGCUUUCAGUAAGGCAGAGGAUUUGUUCAGAAAGCUGACAGACGUUUCUAAUCAGUUCAAGGAAUGGAUCGUAAUUGGCCAAGUAGAUAUGGAAACUCUGGUGAAGACACAUCUUUCUAGCAAACAGGACUGGGAAAAAAAUUUCAAAGCAUUGAAAGUGAGAGGGAAAGAAGCAGAGCGUCUUCCAAGUACCAUCAGGAUAGAUUGUUUAACGGUUAAUUGCAACCCUGUGAAAACUGUAAUUGAUGAUUUCAUCCAGAAGUUGUACGAUGUUCUUGUCAUUUCUUUGAGAAAAUCUGUUCAAGCUCACCUAUGUGAUGUUUCUUCAUUUCUCACUGAUGCCAUGGAAACAUUAGUGAUUAGGCCUCAGACUGUAGAGGAAAUAGCAGAAGACAAUUUAAAAUAUUUAAACUUACAUGAACAAAAAGAAGGGAUUUUUCUCCUGUUUCAAGAGGCUGAAGAUAAAAACAAACUUUUGCGAACUGUGGCUGGUGCAGGUUUGGAUACUAUCAGUAACCUAAGAGCUACAUGGGAUAAAUUUGAAUUAAUGAUGGAAAGCCACCAGCUUAUGAUUACAGAACAGAUUGAAAUGAUGAAAGGAAAUGUGAUUUCACGUAUUAAUAUGUAUCUUCAAGACCUGGAAAAGUUUAAAGCUCGUUGGGAUCAGCUAAAGCCAAGUGAUGAUGUCAUUGAAACAGGUGAUCAGGAUGCGCUUGAGAAAAGUGCUCAGAUCAUAAAGGAAAAAAAAAAAGAAUUUGAUGAACUUGAAAUUGUGAAAGAAAAGCUCAUUGAAGAAUGCCAUCAUUUUAAAUUGGAAGAGCCUGAUUUCUCAUUGUCAAAAGUUGUAUGUCAAGACAUUAAGAAUUGUGCAGAAGUCUGGGCAUUGUAUGAAGAGUUUUAUCAAGAUUUUCAGGAAAACGCCAAAGAAGACUGGAUUACUUUUAGGAGUAAAACAUAUCUAUUUGAAGAAUUUUUGUUUAACUGGCAUGACAAAAUGAGGAAAAUGGAAGAACAUACUGUAAUGACAGUAAAAUUGCAAAAAGAAGUGGACAAAUAUAAAACGAUAAUUCCACUCCUAAAAUAUGUAAGAGGAGAGCAUCUUUCUCCAGACCAUUGGCUGGAUCUCUUUCGUCUUCUGGGUCUUCCUCGAGGCACAACACUGGAGGGUUUGUUAUUUGGAGAUCUGCUAAAAGUGAUGGAUACCAUUAUAGAAAAAGCCAUGGAACUUAAGGAUUUGAAUUGUCGGGCCCAAGGUGAAGUCACAAUCAGAGAAGCAUUACGUGAGCUUGAACUCUGGGGAGUUGGAGCUGUCUUUACAUUAACGGAUUAUGAAGAUAGCCAAGGCAAGACUAUCAGGCUUAUUAAAGACUGGAAGGACAUAGUCAACCAAGUUGGAGAUCAUCGCUGUCUUCUGCAGUCCCUUAAGGACUCUCCAUAUUACAAAGGUUUUGAAGAUAAAGUGUCCAUCUGGGAAAAAAAGCUGUCUGAGUUGGAUGAGUACCUGCAGAAUUUAAACCAAAUUCAAAGGAAAUGGGUCUAUUUGGAACCAAUAUUUGGUCAUGGAGCUCUGCCCAAAGAACAGGCUCGUUUUAACAGAGUUGAUGAAGACUUCAGAUCCAUUAUGUCAGAUAUCAAGAGUGACAACAGGAUAACAUCACUGAAUGCCCGGACAGGAAUAAGAAAUACCUUAAUUACCAUACUUGACCAGCUUCAGAGAUGUCAGAGAUCUUUGAAUGAGUUUUUGGAGGAAAAGCGCUCAGCAUUUCCAAGAUUCUAUUUCAUUGGAGAUGAUGACUUAUUAGAAAUUUUAGGACAGUCUAUGAAUCCUCUCGUUAUCCAGUCUCAUCUUAAGAAACUUUUUGCUGGCAUUAAUAGUGUGAGCUUUGAUGAAGAAUUUAAAUACAUAGUUGCCAUGAAGUCUGUAGAAGGAGAAACUGUGCCACUUAGAAAUAAAGUUCUUCUGUCAAAUGAUGUGGAGGUGUGGCUGAACAGUUUGGCUUUUGAGAUGAAGGAGACCCUGAAAAAAAUGUUAAUUGACUGUAUUGAUGCUGGAAAAAAAUCACAAGGUUCAAUCGAUCCGUCAGUCUUUCCUUCCCAGAUUCUUUCCUUGGCAGAACAAAUUCAGUUCACUGAAGAUGUUGAAAGUGCUAUCAAAGACCAUAAUCUGCAACAGUUAGAAUUAGAGCUCAUGGCUAAACUGGAGCAUUAUACUAGCAUUGAUACUAGUAUAGAAUAUACUGGGAGUACAGAAUCGGGAAUCCUUGAGCUCAAGCUUAAAGCUCUGAUUCUUGAUAUCAUUCAUAACAUUGAUGUGGUGAAGCAGCUGAAUCAAGCUCAGGUUCACAGUGUUGAAGACUGGGUUUGGAAGAAGCAGCUGAGGUUUUAUAUGAAAGACCAAAAAUGUUAUGUUCAGAUGGUAGAUGCUGAACUCCAAUAUACUUACGAAUAUCAGGGUAAUUCCCCUAAACUUGUUUAUACAGCUUUGACAGAUAAGUGUUACCUAACUCUUACUCAGGCUAUGAAGAUGGGCCUUGGAGGAAACCCCUAUGGUCCAGCUGGAACAGGAAAGACAGAAUCAGUAAAGGCCCUGGGUGGACUUCUUGGAAGACAAGUAUUAGUCUUUAAUUGUGAUGAGGGCAUUGAUGUGAAGUCAAUGGGGCGCAUAUUUGUGGGCUUAGUGAAGUGUGGUGCCUGGGGCUGUUUUGAUGAAUUCAAUAGACUUGAGGAAGCUGUAUUGUCUGCAGUAUCUAUGCAGAUUCAGACAAUUCAACAUGCAUUGAAGAGACAGAGUCCUGUAUGUGAGAUGCUUGGCAAAAAGGUUGAAAUGGAUCAUAAUUCUGGAAUUUUUAUUACACUGAAUCCUGCUGGAAAAGGUUACGGAGGAAGACAAAAGCUGCCGGAUAACCUCAAACAACUUUUUAGGCCAGUUGCUAUGACUCAUCCAGACAACGAACUCAUUGCAGAAGUGAUUUUGUAUUCAGAAGGCUUUAAGGAUGCUAAAAUACUUGGUAGAAAAUUAGUGGCUAUUUUUAACCUGUCAAGGGAGCUUCUGACACCGCAGCAGCACUAUGAUUGGGGUUUACGAGCAUUGAAGACUGUUUUGAGAGGCUGUGGCAGUCUUCUUCGUCAGCUGAAGAAAAGUGAAGCAAAGCAAGAAAUUAAUGAAAGUCACAUGGUCGUUCAAGCUCUGCGACUUAAUACCAUGUCAAAGCUUACAUUUGCAGACUGCGCACGUUUUGAUGCACUGGUUAAAGAUGUGUUUCCUGGCAUUGACUUUAAAGAUGUGGAGUAUGCUGAGUUAACUACAGCUUUACACCAAGUCUUUGAAGAAGCAAACUUGGAAAUUAUAAGCACCCAGAUCAAGAAGGCUUUGGAAUUAUAUGAACAACUACGUCAAAGAAUGGGUGUAGUUAUUGUAGGUCCAAGUGGUGGAGGUAAAUCAACACUUUGGCGGAUGUUAAAGACAGCACUGGGUAAAACUGGCAAAGUAGUGAAACAGUAUACUAUGAAUCCCAAAGCUAUGCCUCGACAUCAGUUGCUGGGCCACAUUGACAUGGAUACAAGAGAGUGGUCUGACGGUGUGCUUACAAAUAGUGCUCGACAAGUGGUACGAGAACCCCGAGAUAUUACUUCAUGGAUAAUUUGUGAUGGUGAUAUUGAUCCUGAAUGGAUUGAGUCUUUGAAUUCAGUUUUGGAUGACAACAGAUUGUUGACUAUGCCCAGUGGAGAAAGAAUUCAGUUUGGCUCAAAUGUCAACUUUAUAUUUGAAACUCAUGACCUUAGCUGUGCCUCUCCUGCUACGAUAUCUCGAAUGGGAAUGAUCUUUCUGAGUGAUGAAGAUACAGAUCUUAAUUCCCUGAUAAAGUCUUGGCUAAGAAGUCAGCCUGAAGAAUGCAGAUACAACCUUGAAAAUUGGAUUGGGGACUAUUUUGAAAGAGCUUUAAACUGGGUUGUGAAGAAGAAUGACUCUGUGGUAGAAACAAGUUUAGUUGGAACUGUGAUGAAUGGACUGUCUCAUCUUCAUGGGUGUACAGAUCGUGGACAGUUUAUUAUUAACUUGUUACGUGGUCUUGGUGGCAAUCUCAACAUGAAAUCACGACAAGAAUUUGCCAAAGAGAUCUUCAGUUGGGCACAAGAGUCUCCACCAGAUCCAAGGAAGCCCCUGGACACAUAUUAUGACACUGACACUGGACAGCUAAUGCUAUAUCGGCUGAAGAAAACUGAAAAUUUAACAGCUGAUGACUUCAGUAAUCUCCAAACACUUCCCGUCAUCCAAACCCCUGACAUGCAAAGAGGUUUAGAUUACUUCAGACCCUGGCUAGACUUUAACAAUAAGCAACCGUUUCUUCUUGUGGGUCCUGAAGGAUGUGGAAAGGGGAUGCUGCUUCAUUAUGCAUUUUCUCAACUCCGAUCCACUCAGAUUGCUACCAUUCACUGCAGUGCACAAACUACUUCUCAACAUCUUCUACAAAAAUUAAGUCAAACUUGCAUUGUGAUCAGUACGAACACUGGGCGAGUGUACAGACCAAAGGACUGUGAAAGGCUGGUUUUGUACUUAAAGGAUAUCAAUCUACCCAGACCUGAUAAAUGGGGAACAAGCACUCUUGUGGCUUUUCUACAGCAGGUUCUUACGUAUCAAGGAUUUUAUGCUGAAAAUCUGGAAUGGGUUGGUUUAGAAAACAUCCAAAUUGUGGCUUCCAUGUCUGCUGGAGGAACAUUAGGAAGACAUAAACUUACCUCCAGAUUUACUUCUAUUGUUCGUCUCUGUGCAAUUGACUAUCCAGAAAGAGACCAACUGCAGACUAUUUAUAGUGCCUACUUGGAACCUGUACUACAGAGAAACCUAAAGAAUCACCCUGUUUGGGGUUCUUUACCAAAAAUACAUCAGCUAGCAGGAUCUAUGGUUCAAGUAUAUGAACAGGUACGAGCAAAAUUCACAGUUGAUGAUCACAGCCAUUACCUUUUUACACCAUGCAUUCUUACUCAGUGGGUUCUUGGUUUAUUCAGAUAUGAUUUAGCAGGUGGAUCAUCGACACAAACUGCAGACUAUGUAUUAGAAAUUGUUGCUUAUGAAGCAUGUCGUUUGUUCCGUGACAAAAUUGUUGGCAGGAAAGAACUUCAUGUAUUCGAUAAUAUUUUGAUGAAAGUGUUUCAAGGUGAUUGGGGCUCAGAUGUUCUGGAGAAUAUGGCAGAUAUCUUCUAUGUAACUUGGGGAGCUUGUCAAGAGGCAUUCAUCACACCAGGACAGGCCCUACCACCACAUGGGAGGCAACUUGGCAGACUAAACUCAACAGACCUGAAAGAUAUUAUUCAAAAAGGUAUCAUUCAUUAUGGGCGAGACAAAAAAGAGAUAGAGAUUUUACUGUUCCAAGAAGUCCUCAGUUAUAUGUCUAAAGUGGACAGAGUGCUAAGUUUUCCUGGAGGAUCACUCCUUUUGGCAGGACGGAGUGGUGUAGGCCGUCGAACAGUUACCUCUUUAGUUAGUCAUAUGCAUGGAGCUGUUCUCGUUACUCCCAAAAUUUCCAGAGGCUAUGAGCUGAAGCAGUUCAAAAAUGAUCUUAAAUAUGUGAUGGAGCUUGCGGGCAUUGAAGCACAGCAGGUGGUAUUGCUACUUGAAGACUAUCAGUUUGUUCAUUCCACAUUCCUUGAGAUGAUCAACAGUUUAUUGUCUUCAGGAGAAGUUCCUGGGUUAUAUAAAAUAGAAGAAUUAGAACCAUUGCUGUCUCCUCUGAAGGAUCAAGCUUCACAAGAUGGAUUUACAGGACCAAUUUUCAACUAUUUCACAUACCGGAUCCAACAAAAUCUGCAUGUUGUUUUGAUCAUGGAUUCUACCAAUUUAAAUUUCACGAUAAACUGUGAAAGUAAUCCAGCACUCUACAAGAAAUGUCAGGUUUUGUGGAUGGAAACCUGGUCAGAAAACAGUAUGAAAAAGAUACCUGAAAUGCUUCUAUAUGAUUCAGAUGAACAAGAAAAGACUGGAAAAGCACAUAAGGAGCUUAAGAAAAAACAUUUAGGUGAUUCUGAUUUUGUGAACUCAUUUCUGGCAAUCCAUGAAUCAUGUAAAAUGUAUGGAGCAACGCCUAGCAGGUAUAUGACAUUCCUUCAUAUAUACAGUACCAUCAAUAACGGUAAAAGAAGAGAGCUAAUAGAAAAGCAGAACCACUUGCAGGCAGGUGUUUCAAAGCUGAAUGAAGCCAAAGCCCUGGUAGAUGAACUGAACAGAAAAGCUGGAGAACAAAGCAUUUUACUCAAGACGAAGCAAGAUGAGGCUGAUGCUGCCCUUCAAGAAAUUACAGUAUCUAUGCAGAGUGCUAGUGAGCAAAAAACAGAGAUGGAAAAAAUAAAACACCGGAUAGCAGAAGAGGCUGCAGAAAUAGAAGAAAGAAAAAGAAAAAUUGAAGAUGAACUAAAAGAGGUUCAGCCACUGGUUAAUGAAGCUAAAUUAGCAGUUGGAAAUAUAAAGCCAGAGUCUUUGUCAGAAAUCCGGUCACUACGGAUGCCCCCUGACAUAAUCAGAGACAUACUAGAAGGAGUUUUACGUCUGAUGGGGAUUUUUGAUACAUCAUGGGUGAGCAUGAAGAGUUUCUUGGCCAAAAGAGGUGUGAGGGAGGACAUAGCAACCUUUGAUGCCCGUAAUAUUCCAAAAGAAAUACGAGAGAGUGUUGAAGAACUUCUUUCUAAAAACAGAACAUCCUUUGAUCCGAAGAAUGCUAAACGAGCCAGUGCUGCAGCUGCUCCAUUAGCGGCUUGGGUGAAUGCCAAUGUCCAGUAUUCUCAUGUCCUAGAACGAAUUCAGCCUUUGGAAAGAGAAAAGGCUGGCUUGGAAGCUAAUCUCAAGAAAACUGAAGACAGAAAACAGAAGUUAGAAGGUCUUCUGAACUCCGUUGGUCAAAAAGUAUCGGAACUGAAAGAUAAGUUCCAGAGUAGAACAACAGAAGCAGCAAAACUUGAAGCAGAACUAAGCAAAGCUCAGAAGACAUUGAAGUCUGCAGAGGUACUGAUAAAUCAACUCGAUAGGGAGCACAAAAGGUGGAGCACCCAGGUGUCAGAGAUAACAGAUGAACUGGCUACGUUGCCUAAAAGAGCUCAGUUAGCAGCUGCAUUUAUUACUUACCUAUCUGCUGCUUCUGAGGAUCAGAGGAAAAACAGCUUGGAUGAAUGGACCAAAUCAGCAGGCCUUGAAAAGUUUGAUUUACGGCGGUUCCUGUGUACAGAAAGUGAGGAGUUAGUUUGGAAGAGUGAAGGUUUACCUUCAGAUGACCUUUCAAUAGAAAAUGCUCUUGUCAUCUUGCAGAGUAAAGUUUGCCCAUUUUUGGUAGACCCUUCUUUCCGGGCUACUGAAUGGUUGAAGACACAUUUGAAGGAAUCACGUUUGGAAGUUAUUAACCAACAGGACACCAAUUUCCUAACUUCUCUUGAGCUGGCAGUGAGAUUUGGGAAAACACUUAUUAUACAGGAAAUGGAUGGAGUGGAGCCUGUACUUUACCCGUUGCUAAGAAAAGAUCUUGUUGCUCAAGGUAAGUGACGAAAAGCUUUACAAAUGCUUGCUCAAAGCUUUU